AUGCCAGAGAGACGCCUGUCGCGUCUGCUCAAGGCCAAGCUGCUUCGACGAUCUUCGACACCCGCUGUUCCAAAAACGGGCGACGGGCCCGAUCCACGAGUCCACCCCCCCAACUCAACCUCUCGCUCGCCUUGCACUCCGCAUCUCUUCGACUCCGCCAGCGACAGGUCGCCCUACAGUCUCGUCUCGUCGGUUCCCGAUCACUCCUCCGACGAGAUAGCCUCAGUGCCUGGCUGCCACCUGCCCGAAGAUAGCCGCUCCGAAAAACCCAACCAUCGGGCCGAGUCCCAGCCUUCAACCCGUCGUUCAUCGCAUCAAGACCCAGACCUCCCGGCGCUGCAGCAUCGCCACGCAUCAGAACGUUCAACAACUUCAUCGUCACCGCCACCACCACCACCGCCACUACCCACUCUCUCCGUAUCUAUCGUUUCCCCUUUACACACCCCCAUUUCCGAGGAAACUUUCUCCUCCGUCGAGGUCACUCCUCUGCCCACUCCACAGCGAUCCGACAACACCCCGACCCCAUCGUCCGAGGCGAAGACUUCCGAGUCGACCCCGUCGGAGAAGAAAGCUCCCUUCACCGUGGAGUCUGUCAACGAGAGUCCCAACGAGGAACCCCCAGUGGCCUCCCCUCUGUCUCCGCCUCCUUCGUCCACCAAACCUCCCAGCAUCGCCAUCCGCAGACGAUCUUUUCUUCCUGCCUCUCAUCAGAACUUGAUCAAAGGGCUCGGACAUUCGAGUCCACGCCCAACCCAGCGUGAUCAGGGCAGCAGUCGUACUCCCAUCGCUGCUGCCGAGAUGGUUCAGCGCCGAGUGUGGGUGAAAAGGCCGGGCGGCUCAGCGACGCUGGUGCCCUGCUUGGAGGAUGCCGUGGUGGAUGAACUCCGCGAUCAGGUCAUUAUGAAAUAUGCCAACUCCCUGGGCCGGUCAUUCGAUUCUCCCGACCUUGUGCUUCGGAUUGUGUCGCGCGAGAAAUCCAAUCGACAACAGACGCCAGAGAGGCUCUUGAGUCCCGAAGAGACAGUCUCGUCCAUCCUUGACAAGUACUAUCCGGGAGGCCAAACGGUCGAAGAAGCAUUGCUGAUCGAUGCACCCACGCGCCGCACUCCCAAGCCAUCUCCACUGAACCCAAACGGCCACACCCCUCCCACUCACUCGGCCAGCUCAGGCGGCCCUGGCGCCCCAGCCAUCUCGAUCCUCACCACUGGAGUCGCGCCCACGCUGCCAUCGCCAGGAACCCGAGCGGGAAGACAUCAUCGUCGUCCACCGCUUACCCGACACACGACGAAUUCGCCCACGAUACUCGGCCAGAACACUUCGAGCACUGCCGGUUACAUGGCUGCUGAUUUGUGUCCUCUCCCACCAGACAAUGGCAUUGCCUCUCACGCUCAGCCACCCCCGUCUGCGCCAACGCAACCGACACCUCCGGCCCCCGCUGCAGACUCGCCACAGGUCAAAUCACACACACCUCCGGCGCCAAUUGCUUCCCCACGCUCCUUCCGCAAGCCUAAGGGUGCUGCUUCGCCCGGCGCAGCCUUUGGCGGUCUCAUUGAGGGAACCGUCCCACCCAUCAACGUUCUGAUCGUCGAAGACAACAUCAUUAAUCAGAAACUGCUGGAGGCCUUUAUGAAGCGACUCAGCGUCCGAUGGAAGUGUGCCGGCAACGGAGAGGAGGCAGUUCGGAAGUGGCGACAAGGCGGCUUUCACUUGGUGUUGAUGGAUAUUCAAUUGCCCGUCAUGAACGGAUUGGAUGCGACCAAGGAGAUUCGUCGCCUCGAGCGACUUAAUGGAAUCGGUGUCUUCCCCAAGACCGCGUCGGGCCGCUCUAGUGUCUCAAGUACUGCGUCUUUGGAGAAACGCCCUGGCCUGCAACGGUCUGUGAGCGAGGAUGACACCCUGUCAGAUCUCUCGCUCUUCCGCAGUCCCGUUAUUAUUGUCGCCUUGACCGCCAGCAGCUUGCAGAGUGAUCGUCACGAGGCACUGGCCGCUGGAUGCAAUGAUUUCUUGACCAAGCCCGUUGGCUUCCCAUGGUUAUCUCAAAAGGUGACCGAAUGGGGCUGUAUGCAAGCUCUGAUUGAUUUUGAGGGCUGGCGCAAGUGGCGCGGAUUUCAAGAUUCCCCGCGAUCGGCCUCCCCCAAUUUUGAUAGCGCGGCCAGCCCAAUGCAGACCGGCAAUCACAAUGACACCAACUCGAAGAUUGACCCUCAAUCACCUUCCACAACUCGGGGUUCUUCCAAGCCCAGAGCUCGACCAAGACGGCCCCAUUUGCCCGACAACGACGAGAUCAUGCGCGAAGAUUCGUGGGGUAGCGGCAGUGGUGACAAUGCCGACUCGCCCAUCAGCCCUGAUCCCGGUUCGGUUUUAGACGUUGAUAUACCGGCCCCCGAUAAUUAA